GAAGGGCUGUACCCCCCUCCCGAAGCGCUCCCAGCUCCGCAUUCCCGGUGCUCUGGGACUCCCCGGAGUCCCGUUGUCGCGGUUGCCGGGAGACCGAGUCACAUUCCGCGGCAACAUUCCACACCCUCUCGGCCGGCCGGGAAGGCCGGGAGCCGCUGCCAGCACCUCCAGCCAUGGCGUAGGGCCCCUCGCUGGGGUUAUCCCGGUGCCAGGAUGCCUUCCCUGCCGCAGGAUUCCCCCGCCGGGGGCUUGGGCACGGGAUUCCCGCUGGUGAGGGUGCACGGCGGGGACCGCUCCGACCUGCUGAGCUUCUACGUCACCACCUACGAGGUGUCCUUUGGGAAGAGACCCCCGGGAUUGUCCCACAAGUUCGAGGGGCGUGUUCUGGGAGUCAAACCCCCCGACCAGGCGUCCGUGCACCCGCUCCUGGGGGUCCAUUCCGGAUCCGGAUACGUCACCAACAACUACUCGGCCCUGUCGUCCCUGAUCACCCCGCGCUCCGAGUGCCCGGACCCCUUCGUGUCCAUCUCCGCCACCUCCGAGGAUUUCAGGCCCUUCGGGCGCCCGCAGUUCCAGAGGAUCCUGCCCCAGUGCGUGGAUGAGCCGGAGUGUUCCUAUCCCCCGGAGUUUUCCCUGUCCCGGAUCCGUUAUGAGGGGCUGAAGCCUCCCCAGUUAUCCAGGGGAUCCAGCGCCAAGAGCGGCUGCACCAGUCCUGCCCAGCCAGAUCUCCCCCAGUGGAAGCCGGAUCCGUCGUCAGGCUGCCCCCCGAGGGACGCGUGCCGCCUCCCUCCGGAGCCCGGCGUUCCCGCCCUGGAUCCCUGCUGCCCCCAGAACCGCCACGGUUUGCCCGCCAUGGGCCACCGCCCCCCGUUCGCCCCCCUGGAACUCCGAGUGGGACCACAGGGAUCCGGCGAGAAGGAUCCGCAGGGAUACUCCACGAUCCACAACCAGCACCUGACCAACCUCUCACCCCUGGCUCCCGUCGCUCCAGCCUGGUGGUCGCAGGGCCCCACCUGGGCUCCCAGAUCCGUGGAGGGUGUCCAGGUCCCGCGUCCCAGCGGAUUCAGCACCAACAACCUCCCCACCAACCUGUGGCACAACGACGACCCCUUCAUGUGACCCUCAAAAUCCCGGGAGUCCCAGCCUCCGCUUUUUUGGGAAGCUCCCAAAUCCCCGUGAGAGCAAUAAAGACCCUGCGCACGA